GUUUUUUUUUUUUUUUCUAAGAGGGGGACCAAACUGGCGAGAGGCGAGCAUGGAGUAUUUCAUGGUACCAGCUCAGAAGGUGCCCUCCUUGCAACAUUUCAGGAAAACGGAGAAAGAAGUGAUCGGUGGUCUCUGUAGCCUGGCCAACAUUCCUCUGACCCCAGAAACAGCCCGGGACCAAGAGAGGCGAAUCCGCAGGGAGAUCGCGAACAGCAACGAGCGUCGGCGUAUGCAGAGCAUCAAUGCUGGAUUCCAGUCACUUAAAACACUCAUCCCACACAGCGACGGAGAGAAGCUCAGCAAGGCUGCCAUCCUGCAGCAGACGGCGGAGUACAUCUUCACCUUGGAGCAGGAGAAGACGCGGCUAUUGCAGCAGAACAGUCAGCUCAAGCGAAUCAUCCAGGGGUUAAGUGGCUCCUCUCCCAAGAGAAGACGUGCAGAGGAGAAAGAUGAAGGGAUCGGCUCUCCAGACAUCCUGGAGGAGGAGAAGACCGAGGAUUUAAGGAGGGAGAUGAUCGAGCUGAGACAGCAGCUGGAGAAAGAGCGCUCAGUCAGAAUGACGCUGGAAGAUCAGAUGCGUUCCCUGGACGCCCAGCUGUAUCCAGAAAAACUGAAGGCGAUCGCUCAGCAGUUCCAAGAACAUCAAGCCCAGAGUCUGGUGUGUCUGCAGCAGCAGAAACAGCUGGAGAGGGAGCUCACUCCGGCCCACAGCCCACAGGUGCUGGCCCCUGCUACGCCGCCUGCGCCCACACACCACGCCACGGUCAUCGUCCCCGCUCCCGUGCAGCCCCCCCAGCCCCAUCACGUUACCGUGGUAACCAUGGGCCCAACAUCGGUGAUCAACACAGUCUCCACGUCUCGACAGAACCUGGACACCAUCGUCCAGGCCAUCCAGCACAUCGAGGGCACCCAGGGGAAGGGCUGCGCCGGGGAGGAGGAGCAGCGGCGGGCGGUGAUCGUCAGCUCGGGCCGGGUCCUGUCCGACGCGGCGGGCUCGGACACGGCCUCCAACAGCGACGGGCCCGACGACUGCUCGCUGCCUUGAGCUCGGCCCCCCCUCCCCCUCCGGCCGGCGCCGUUCAGAACGCACGCUCACAUACACGCACACACACCUAACACACAGAAAGGCCCGGGCAGACGGCGGGCGACUAUCACACGGCGGACAUUCACAGGGCUGAUAGUCAGACUGAAGCACUC